GCUCAACCUUCCUCCCGCCUCUGCCGGUCCCUCUGCUGGACCCAGGGCGUCCGGAGUGAACACAUCAUGCAGGACGCGCAGGACAGCGAUAUCGGCCUGGAGGGCUUGACCCGAGAGGGAACCUCUGCGGACCGAGAGUGCCAGCGGGGACCGGAAACAAUCGUGCACGAGGCACAGGACGCAGGAACCCCCAACUCAGGUGACGCCACCGGGGCUGUGGAUGGGGAGCGCGAGGCCACCAUGAGGGUCCCCGAGAAAUACUCGACGCUCCCGGCGGAGGACCGCAGCGUCCACAUCGUGAACAUCUGCGCCAUCGAGGACCUGGGCUACCUGCCGUCCGAGGGCACGUUGCUGAACUCUCUGUCCGUGGACCCUGAUGCCGAAUGCAAGUAUGGACUAUACUUCAGGGAUGGCAAACGGAAGGUGGACUACAUCUUGGUAUACCAUCACAAGAGAGCCUCGGGGAGCAGGACUCUGGCCAGGAGGGGACUACAAAAUGACAUGGUCCUGGGGACCCGCAGUGUCAGGCAGGACCAGCCCCUUCCCGGGAAGGGGAGCCCUGUGGAUGCGGGCUCACCGGAAGUCCCCAUGGAUUACCACGAAGAUGACAAACGCUUCAGACGGGAGGAGUAUGAGGGCAACCUGUUGGAGGCAGGCCUGGAGCUGGAGAAUGACGAGGAUACCAAAAUCCAUGGUGUCGGGUUUGUGAAGAUCCAUGCGCCCUGGCAUGUGCUCUGUAGGGAGGCUGAGUUUUUAAAACUGAAGAUGCCCACAAAGAAGGUGUACCACAUCAGUGAGACGCGAGGCCUCCUGAAAACCAUCAACUCGGUUCUGCAGAAGAUCACAGACCCCAUCCAGCCCAAGGUGGCUGAGCACAGGCCACAGACCACAAAGAGGCUCUCCUACCCCUUCUCCCGGGAGAAGCAACACCUAUUCGACCUGACUGACAGGGACUCUUUUUUCGACAGCAAAACCCGGAGCACAAUAGUCUAUGAAAUCCUGAAGAGAACGACGUGCACCAAGGCCAAGUACAGCAUGGGGCAAGGAGAGGGAAGAAGGAAGGACUCUGCCCUUCUAAGUAAACGGCGGAAGUGUGGGAAAUACGGUAUCACCAGCCUCCUGGCCAAUGGCGUAUACUCAGCUGCAUACCCUCUGCACGAUGGGGACUAUGAGGGUGACAACGUUGAGUUCAACGACAGGAAACUCCUGUAUGAGGAAUGGGCAAGUUACGGAGUCUUCUACAAAUACCAGCCCAUUGACCUGGUCAGGAAAUACUUUGGCGAGAAGGUUGGCCUGUACUUUGCCUGGCUUGGAGCCUACACCCAGAUGCUCAUCCCUGCCUCAAUCGUGGGUGUCAUUGUCUUUCUCUAUGGAUGUGCCACCGUGGACGAAAACAUCCCCAGCAUGGAGAUGUGCGACCAGAGACACAACAUCACCAUGUGUCCUCUCUGUGACAAGACCUGCAGCUACUGGAAGAUGAGCUCAGCCUGUGCCACAGCCCGUGCCAGUCACCUUUUUGACAACCCUGCCACCGUCUUCUUCUCUGUGUUUAUGGCCCUCUGGGCUGCCACUUUCAUGGAGCACUGGAAACGGAAGCAGAUGAGGCUCAACUACCGAUGGGACCUCACAGGCUUCGAGGAGGAGGAGGAAGCUGUCAAGGAUCAUCCCAGAGCAGAGUAUGAAGCCAGAGUCUUAGAGAAGUCACUGAGAAAAGAAUCCAGAAACAAAGAGAAGUGCCGCAAUGUUCCAGAAGAACCGACCAACAAAUGGAAGCAGAGGGUUAGGACAGCCAUGGCAGGGGUGAAAUUGACCGACAAGGUGAAGCUGACCUGGAGGGACCGAUUCCCAGCCUAUUUCACCAAUCUUGUCUCCAUCAUCUUCAUGAUCGCAGUGACAUUUGCAAUCGUCCUCGGAGUUAUCAUCUAUAGAAUCUCCACAGCUGCAGCCUUGGCCAUGAACUCCUCCCCGUCUGUGCGGUCCAACAUCCGGGUUACAGUCACGGCGACCGCUGUCAUUAUCAACCUCGUGGUCAUCAUUCUGCUGGAUGAAGUUUACGGCUGCAUUGCCAGGUGGCUCACCAAGAUUGAGGUCCCGAAGACAGAGAAGAGCUUUGAGGAAAGGCUAACCUUCAAGGCCUUCCUGCUCAAGUUCGUGAACUCUUACACUCCCAUCUUCUAUGUCGCCUUCUUCAAAGGCAGGUUCGUUGGUCGGCCCGGCGACUACGUGUACAUCUUCCGUUCUUUCCGGAUGGAGGAGUGUGCCCCAGGUGGCUGCCUCAUGGAGCUCUGCAUCCAGCUGAGCAUCAUCAUGCUGGGCAAGCAGCUGAUCCAAAACAAUCUCUUCGAGAUCGGCAUCCCGAAGAUGAAAAAGUUCAUCCGCUACCUGAAGCUGCGCAGGCAGAGCCCCUCAGACCGUGAGGAGUACGUGAAGCGGAAGCAGCGCUAUGAGGUGGACUUCAACCUCGAACCUUUUGCUGGCCUCACACCCGAGUACAUGGAAAUGAUCAUUCAGUUCGGCUUUGUCACCCUGUUUGUUGCGUCCUUCCCUCUGGCUCCACUCUUCGCCCUGCUAAACAACAUCAUUGAGAUCCGCCUGGAUGCCAAAAAGUUUGUCACCGAGCUACGGAGACCAGUAGCCAUCAGAGCCAAAGACAUCGGCAUCUGGUAUAACAUCCUCAGAGGUGUUGGGAAGCUGGCUGUCAUCAUUAAUGCCUUUGUGAUCUCCUUCACAUCUGACUUCAUCCCUCGCCUGGUGUACCUCUAUAUGUACAGUCAGAACGGGACCAUGCACGGCUUUGUCAACCACACACUCUCCUCCUUCAAUGUCAGCGACUUCCAGAAUGGCACAGCACCCAAUGACCCACUGGACCUGGGCUAUGAGGUUCAGAUCUGCAGGUAUAAAGAUUACCGGGAACCCCCAUGGUCAGAACACAAGUACGACAUCUCCAAAGACUUCUGGGCUGUCCUGGCCGCCCGACUGGCAUUUGUCAUUGUCUUCCAGAACCUGGUGAUGUUCAUGAGUGACUUUGUGGACUGGGUGAUCCCUGAUAUCCCCAAAGACAUCAGCCAGCAGAUCCACAAAGAGAAGGUUCUCAUGGUGGAGCUGUUCAUGCGUGAGGAGCAGGGCAAGCAGCAGCUACUGGACACGUGGAUGGAGAAGGAGAAGCCAAGGGAUGUGCCUUGUAACAACCACAGCCCCACAACCCACCCAGAGGCAGGCGAUGGCAGCCCGGUCCCCAGCUAUGAGUACCAUGGGGACGCGCUGUAGCCAUGAUGACAGGCCAGCAGGCCAGCAGGCUUCUGACUAUCACCAAGUGACCACUCAGUUUCCUCCAAAGCCAGCACUUUUAGCCCCACCAGGGCCUGUGGCUCUUGUGUCGUCUGGAUGUGUGGAGGACCACUCUGAUGCGACAAUGGUCUUCUUUCUUCUUUCUGUUUCUUCUCAUUUUUGCACAAGGCCAUUAUGCAGGGAAGUUUUUAUCUUUAGUAUUCAAUGCCAAGGAUGGCUGGUGAUGGGGAUGAACAGGGUGAGGCAUGUUCCACAGACAUAUGGAGGAACAUAGAGCCCCCCUGCAGUGGCAAGGAGCCAAGUCAGCAUCCUUAGUCUGAAGGAUGCCCUGGGAUAGAUGCAGAAUGGUACCUAGGAACCUGCUGACAUUUUACAGAAGGGUGAACAACUCAGACUCAGAUUCCCAAAGAUGUCACCUGCUCUAGUUGGACAAGCUGGAAGACUCCACUGUCUUUCCUUCUGGGAGCUCAGAAGUUCAGACCCGGGGUCAGAAACAGAGGUGCCUGACCACCCACACAGCACACACACAUGGAGGCUUCACAUUGUACUCCAGUAACGGAGGAGUACAGGGGCUCCCAGUUGUCCAGCACCCUUGGGGUCCCUGGCAGGCUACACACAAGCCACUCAAGGGCCCCUCACAUGAAGCUGAUGUCCUCCUUGUGAGACAAGCUGUCGUGACAGGCAGGGCAUCUCUAAACAGGCUGGAGGGCUUCACCAAGCCCUGGGGCCUCUGUGGAUUCAUUUUUUUGCUUUUUAGACCAUCUAUUGGUUUUUGUCUAAAAAUCAAUAAUGUGAUGGAUUUGAGGGAUUUUCUUUCUGUAGCUGAAGGUGGAAGGAGUUUAUUUCAUUAGUUAACCAAAUACUGAUAGGAAAUUAAAAGAUCAUUACUACCAAAGAUUUUUCUCAAUAAAAGCUUCUAUUUUGGUAACACACCUAUAUUUUCACUCGUGGGGAUGAGACCCUCAGCACUUACCAUUGUAAUAGCUUCUAAAACAAGCCUCAUGGGCCAGCUUCAUUUGAUGUGCUAGUCAGCUGUGCAAGGCCUCUCAGCACCAUUGCCAGAAGUGUCUCUCUCGCCCAAGCUGGAGAAGGCAACUCCCUGCACUCGUCUUAGGGCAAGGCAGACAGUGCUAUAGUUGGCAGCUGGGGUCCGAGUCUCAGGCUUCCAAGGUUUUCACUGUUUGCUAAAAUCAUGAGACCUGAUGCUUCUAUUUUCUCUUGUGCAGUGAUGUGGUUUCCAAUGAUGUUUUGUAUAUAGCUACUGUAUCCAAAAUUAGAUAAUUACCAAAAAUUCUUUUACAGAAACCAUUUUUAAAAAACAAAAACAAAAACAAAAAAACCUAAAAAAAGAAAACAAAAAAAAAACCAAAACUGAAUGUAUACACACCCACAGGAGACUGUGGCUGAGCGUUCAUCAAAAUAAAUUUGAAUACACAACA